AUGGGAAAAAGUAAGAAACAUUCUAUGUUCAUAGAUGGCAUGGACUUGCUUAACUCAACUUAUUCUUGCGAACUUUAUUGGACAUUGAAAGCCAAAUUUCGAAUAGAUAACAAUGAUCACGUGAUAGAUGUGAACAAGGGCAAUCUACAAUUUGAAUACGACCAGGUUCACAUCAUUUGCCCAUAUUACGAGCCGGGCACAAAUGAGAAUGAGACGGAGAAGUACAUCAUUUAUAAUGUCUCGAAAGUUGAAUACGAGACAUGUCGUAUAACAAAUCCGAAUCCUAGGAUAAUUGCCAUUUGUGAUAAACCAUUUAACACAACGCUAGUGACGAUCUCGUUUCGACCUUUUACACCACAGCCUGGAGGUCUUGAGUUCAAACCGGGCAACGAUUACUAUUUUAUUUCAACAUCAUCAAGAGACGAUCUGCAUCGGCGAAUUGGCGGUCGCUGUUCAUCAAGCAAUACCAAAGUGAUAUUUAAAGUGUUUGGUGGAAAUGACGCAGCGAAAACAACUACAGAGCCGCCAUCACCCAUCAGUAAUGAUCGACCACCACGCAUUGACACUUGGCCAAGUACCGCUUGGAAGAAUCAUCAUAAUGAUGAUGCUAGUAGUGCUAGUGAUAGUACAAACAGCGAUAGCGAUUUGGUAAUAAAGCCAAAUGAGUCAUCAAAUAAAAAUUUCAAUAUAAACAAUGGCUUCGGUUAUCCAUCAACACAACGUCCAAUUUACGUGAACAGAGAUAAUCAUAGUAAUAACAUUAAUAGUAAUAACAAUAAUGGUGGAAACAAUAUCAACAAGCCCACAAAGAAGACAAAUGAGUAUGACAGCCGACAGAAUGAAGUGGUGAAGAAUGAAGAGCUAACAUACAACAAUCAGUCGACAAGACUUCAAAGCUACACGCCUCUUAUUGCUCUUACCAGUCUCGUCAUCAUUCUUAUGCGUAAUGGCAGAAGUUCAUGAAGGAAAUAAAAAUAAAUCUUAUGAUUUAACAAGAAAUUUGUAGCCGAGACCCAUCAAAGUUUCGCUAUUAUUUCUUUAGUCAUCAAUUUAUCUGAUGUUUGAACAUCGUCCAAACUACAAUAAGCAGACGUUAGAUAAACUGC